UAGGGUGCUGACUCGGAGAUGUAACUCGGCCGAAUCGAUCUCCAAGGAAGAUGAGACCGUUCAAGGUUUCCAACACCUACAGGCAACCCACCAUUCCAAUUCUUGUUUGCGCUGCAGUUUUAUUUUCUCUCCUUGUUCUAGCCAUUCAAUCCUCUUCAUUCACUGGAAACCGGAACUCCGAUCUCUACCGGGAAGAAGUUCGAAUUUUAUCUGAUUUUCAGUCCAGUGUUCAGCAAUGCGUGGCAAACAGAGGUCUUGGACUGACUGCACACAUCAUUGACCACUGUAAAUUGAUCCUUAAAUUUCCUGAAGGCACCAACAGCACUUGGUACAAUGAGCAGUUUAAAAUUUAUGAACCCUUGGAGUACCAUUAUGAUGUUUGUGAAGCAAUUCUACUAUGGGAACAGUACCGUAACAUGACUACAGUUUUGACAAGAGAAUAUCUAGAUGCACGACCAGACGGAUGGCUAGAGUAUGCAGCAAAAAGAAUUGCUCAGUUGGGAGCAGAUAAAUGUUACAACCGUUCUCUUUGUGAGGAGCAUCUCAAUUUGAUUUUACCAGCAAAGCCCCCAUUUCAUCCUCGCCAGUUUCAGACAUGUGCAGUUGUUGGGAACUCUGGGGAUCUUUUGAAGACAGAAUUUGGACAGGAGAUUGAUAGGCACGAUGCAGUUAUACGAGACAAUGAAGCUCCUGUUAAUGAGAAAUAUGCCAAGUAUGUUGGUCUGAAAAGGGACUUCCGCCUUGUAGUAAGGGGUGCUGCUCGUAACAUGGUAGCUAUUCUCAAUGGAUCUGAUGAUGAAGUACUUAUUAUUAAAAGUGUGACACAUAGAGACUUCAAUGCAAUGAUAAAGAAUAUUCCAAAUCCAGUUUAUCUUUUCCAAGGUAUUGUGCUACGAAGAGGUGCUAAAGGAACUGGAAUGAAAUCUAUUGAACUUGCACUUUCUAUGUGUGACAUUGUUGACAUAUAUGGUUUCACGGUUGAUCCUGGUUACACGGAAUGGACUCGCUACUUCUCGACACCAAGAAAAGGGCACAACCCACUACAAGGAAGGGCAUAUUAUCAACUCCUAGAGUGCCUUGGCGUUAUCAGGAUCCAUUCUCCUAUGAGAGCCGAAAGAACACAGGAUUGGUCAGAUGUUCCAAGUAAAGAAACAAUACGGAAAGCCCAUGCAGUAGCCCUGCGCUUGAAGAGAAGUCAAGCUGGUCAGGCUGGAGGGUUAGGACCAUUUGGUAGCUGUAAGGUGUGGGGCAAUGUGGGACCAAGCAACAGUGGGCCCAUUUCAGGAUCUCCAGAUAUGAGCGACAUACGUAAGAAUUCAAAAUACAGUAAGUGGGAAGUCCUUCCAUUUGAAAGUCUAAGAAAGGAAGCACAGGAGCACUUUAUUCAAAUGGGAGGUGUCUCUUUAUAUAAAAUGGAUGGCAAUAAAUUGGAUGAUCUGGUCUGCGUAAAGCGCUCUUUAAAAUCGGAGGUAUAGGAGGUGAAGGUAUGGGUGAUCACUUUUUGUAUACCACCAGUUGUAAUGUCCUUACUAUAGCUUGUACUUGGCAUUUUAAUCAGGGAGGAAGGUUCCCUCAGACUGGGAUCGGCAUGCUUCAGUAUGGGUCAGCUUUCUCUCUCUGGCUCUCCUCUCUCUCCCUUCUCCCAAGCAACUGGGCUUGGUUGGAAGGUGAUUUGAUCUCUGUCCAGAAUCCAGAUUAUGAAUUACUUCUACGAGCUGAUUUUUGCCCAGAUUAUUUGAGAUAUAGAGCAUUUGGACAGGCCAUCACCUUGUAGUUUAUCCUCAAUCAUCAUCAAUGAAAUGUUUGGCAAACACCGAGUCAUCAAUGGUAUGUGAGGUUUGUAGAAGUUUCAUGAAA